GGAAGUGAAAGUCCUGUUUGAUUGGGUUACUUGACUGAAACAUUAUUUCAAAAUGAAAACAUCAAGUGAGUUCUAGUAACCAUUUCAAGUCAAUUUAAAAUGAAGCAAUAACAUUUGAACCAAAAACAAUGCUGUUAAAUCAACCUCCAGGAAAUUAGCUAGCUUAUUAAACUCUGGACUAGACUAAGACCAGGACUAUUUUAAACCAUAAUUUAAAGGGCCAUUUUAUUUUAGGACUAGGCUUAAUCUCUGUCCGGGAAACCGCCACUUAUUGUAUGCAGAUAAAUUUUAGUAUAUUAAAAAGUUUUAAAGUUGUAAUGUACUGAAAGUACUGUUAACAUUCUAUUAAUUUUUAACAUUUGUGUUCAGUAUGUCUGCUUUUGAAAUAAAUGUAGGAGUAUUACUGAAUGUUUUGGUUACCCAGAAAUCUGUUUUUGUGCAGAUAACAAGGCAACUGAUGGAACACUAUCCAAAACUUAUGAAACUCACUGGAGGAUGGCUCCUGUACAAGGCUCUUGGUGGGUCAGGACAGCGAAAACUGAUGAUUGUCCCACCAGAAGCUGAUGGCUAUAAUGGCCAGUAUUUAAAAUCAUCAAGUGGAGGUGGAAAGAUUACCAUGUUUAUAGUUCCUCUUCAAGAGGAGCUAGAUACAAUGCCUCUUCCUUCAGAUGCCGAAGAAUUUCAGAAAAUGCCAAAAGCAACCUGCCAAAACUGCAGCUUGUCCAUGCCCCUACAGAUCUUGGCUAUGCAUGUUAAGUCAUGCAGUACUAUUGAAUUGUCCACCGAGGAUGAUACCACUAGUUCUGGAAGGUCUUCUCCUCUUCCUGUAUUCAAUGGAUCAGCAUUACCAAAACCCAUUUCAGAAGGUGGCAGCAGCACUAGUAAAGCAAGCUCCGAGUCUUUUCCUGUACCCACUACUGCUGGAUUGUCCUCGGCAGAAGCCAGCACUAGCACUAAUAAAUUAAAUUCCGAGUCUUUUUCUGUACCCACUACUGCUGGAUUGUCCUCAGCAGAAGCCAGCACUAGCACUAAUAAAUCAAACAAUGAGGCUGCCUGUCCACUGUGUCUAAAUAAUUUUCCAAUGGAUUAUUUAGAAAUUCAUGCCAGCUUUUGUGGUGAAAGUUUGGAGAAUUCCCAAGCACCGAUUUCUGAUCUGGAAGAUGUUUUUGAACCAUUUGGCUGUAAAAUCGAAAGCCUUGAAGAUGUUCUCAAAACCAUCAGUGCAGCCGUAAUUACAGAAGGGCAUAGAUUUGACAUCACCGUAUCGAGACAAAACAUGCUGGAGAGGGGCCUUGUGCAGUGGCAGAGGCAAAAAAAGUCAUCUCCCAUUAACAAACUGAAAGUUGCCUUUAUAGGUGAAGCUGGAGUAGACACUGGGGCACUGAGCAAGGAAUUUCUGACAGGCAUGAUUGCAUAACAUGAAUAAAAAUAUAUUGUAGAUCAGGGUUUUUCCAAAUAUUCCUGGAGUUUCCCGAUCACUGCAUGUUUUUAAAGUUUCUCUAUUUUUGACACAUCUGAAGUUAUGCGUUAAAAAUUAGUAGAACUAUGAUCUGAAGCAGAGCUGGGUUUCAAAUGGGAAUGGCUGGUGCUGUACAUGUGAUAAACUUUUACAAGUCAUGCAGAAUUGUUACAAUAACCAUUUUCUCAUUUAAGAAAUGAUCGGAGGCAUUGAAGGGCGUUUUUUUGAGGGGGGAGCACCAAAGUAUUCUCUGUCUGAUCUGGACAAAGGUCAUUUCAAGUAUGUAUUUUGAUACUUUAUAAGACAAUAAAUUUAAUCUCACCUUCUGUUAUUAAAUGUUUACUAUGUGAAAAAAACUAAAGAAAAAUUAUUUUGCUUAUUCAGGACUAUAGGAGAAAUAAUGGCGGUCAGCUUGGCCCAGGGUGGCCCAGCCCCAAACUUCCUUGCACAUUGGUGCUAUAAGGUCCUGUGUAGUGGCUCUCUAGAGUUUGCACACCUAGAAAAAAAUGAUCUGGGAAAUGGGCACUAUCGUGAUCUUACAGCACAGGUAUUUUUAUUUAGAUGAUUAUGAUAGACCGUUUUUUGAUGAAGACCUUUAAAUAUAUGCACAAUUAUUUCAGGUUGAAUCAGCUACAGAAAGCUCAAUUACAGAGCUCACAGAAGACAUUUUGAGCUGUGGGUAUCUCGGCGUAGUCAGCUUAGAGAAGAAGGAUGAAAUUAUCCGAGCUAUUAUCCUACAUGCCACUCUUAAGUUGAUCCCUAUGCUGCA